AUGGCCGAGAUUCGAAUCCAAUGGAGGAGAGGUUGGAGCCCCCUGCAUCCCCUGCGUCAGUGGCCGAAAGUGUCAAUAGGAAACGGCGCGUACACUGCGACCGGCAGCGAGUUAAGCCGUGUCCCAUGCUUCCGUGCAAUCGGUGGCCUUGGGGCUGUUGUGUUUCUUCACCGACGGCGAGGCUGCAGAUUGCAUUUGAGGCCGUUGAGUCGAAAGCUGUCUGAGACUGCUGAGAUGCCAAGGGAAGAGUCCCCAAAUCCUGCUGACUUCACAGCAGAUAUAGAAAACAUUGAGUCGCAGAUUCGCAGCCUCGAUCGUAUUCGUGGCCAGGCUGCUGGGACUAGCUUCCCACCAAAAUCCACCAAAAGCGGACUUUCCGCCCUGAAUGAUCUGGAGACACUUGCAGAUUCAACCCAGCUGGCAGAAGGCAGUUUGCUUCUAAAGGGCAACACAGGGACCAAUGCUCUGGUGGCUAGCAUUUUGGAGGAGAGUCAUGAUAAUCCUGAGGCUGAGAACUUGGUCUUGUUGAACCUCUUUGAGGAUUUGCACUGUGACGAGCCUCAGAUAUUGAAGGUGCCCGAAAACAUUGCCCAUCAGUUGGAUCAGAGGACGAGUGAGGAUGAGAAGCUUCUUGCUUUGCCUUUGCCUUGCAACGAUGAGAGUGAGAAUGCUCAGAGUGCACGCGUGCCUGUGGCAGCCGCAAUUUCAGAGAUUUCUCGUAGCGGGGCCUCGCUGGGCAAAAGCGAAGCUUUGUUCCACUCGAACAUCCCUUCCACUACGAUUUCGACUGCUUCCGCACCGAUUUCGAUGCCUUUAGCAGAACUGCUGGAGAUGUGUGACUACUCAUCUGCUCCACUCUUUGGUGAAGGAGGCGUUUCCAUUACUGGAGUGGUCGAUGUGGCCCAACGUGCAACCAAGGGCGACUUUCUGCUGUUGACCUCCAGUGCAGCUGCUCAUGACGGCGUCCUCCUAGAGCAACUUUUUGAGCAGGGGAUGUCUGCCAUUGGUUUGCUGGCCGAGUCUGAUAUGUCCCGAGAAGAAGCUGGUAAACUUUUUUCGCGCUUCUCUGACAAAGGUUUACAGGCAGUAGUUCUUCUGUCUUCUGGACUGCCGUCUCCCGCGCAUCGCUUGGCUGAAGCCUUUUACGCAAGUAGCCGCGCUCGGGCUCCGAUGCAACUAAUUGGGGUGAUCGGUGGCCAAGAGUACGACGUGAGGACCACUGCAUGGCUUCUCUUCAAGCUGCUGGAGUCAGCCAAGGGCCCGGCAAAAACUGGAUUGUUAAGCGACCGCCGCUGCAUGAUCGCGUUUCAGAGCAAAGAUGUUGGAGAUUCACUCACUUGUUGUGCAAUACAGGAGCUCCUAGCAGAGAUGUCGGGCGCAGGAGUCGGAGCUUGCGUCGUUGAAAUUCCGCCGGGUGCCUCUGCUUUCCAAGAAGUCGACUUCGAUGUGCUGGUGGACUUGGGGCAGACACGAGAUGCUCCAGCCGCAGAAGUGCUUCGACAGAGAUGUCUUCAAACUUCAAAGGCAGUAGUAGUGGGUCCGCACGAAUGUGCAGACAGCUUGCGGGCUGGAAGUUCUUUAGCAACCUACAGUGUAGAAGUCUCGUCUUUUGAAGGUGUGAAGACGACGCCGACCAAGGCCCAAAUCGUUGAGAAACUUAAGGAUCUCGGAGUCGACGACAUCCCAGCAGGUGCCAAGAAGGCAGAGCUUGUCAAAAUGUUGGAGGAGCUUCUCCCCUCAGGCGAUGCUGUCGAAACCACUUCCUCGGCACCUCUUUCGCCGGCUUCUUUAAACUGCCUCUGUGGUCGAACCAUGCCCACCCCCUCCAUGAGGCAAUGUCACGUAGAACUCACUGGGUGGGGCCUGGAACUUGGCUUGAAUUUGCCGCUGCUAAAAGACUCCAGCCCAGCAGCUGUGGCUGCUCUUUGUGCUGCUGGUGCGAUCUUGCGGUGUGAUGACCCGCUGACAGAUAUUCAAGGCUUGGCCGCAAGGCUUGAAGCAAUCAACCCGCCUCCAGGAACCUUCGAGAUUUUUUCUUCCGAAGACAUGCAUGAUAGUGCAGUCCUUCUGCAUGAAGCUGCGUCGCCUCUCGAUGUUGAACAAGCGUUGCAGGUCACAAGGUCUUCCAUGGCUCAUGCCCCCAACAUGCAGACUCAGCUGACUGCUGUGUUCGGCUGUGACGGCGAAGUGUCUCGGGGUGACAGGGCCAAGUUUGGCUGGGCCCUUGCAGCGUGCGACAAACUGAUUCUCACUUCCGCCAGUCCUCGAGGGGAGCCGCCCAUGCAGAUUCUUGAAGAUAUCUUGGAAGCGGUGAAGCAACAGAGGAGUUGCCUCGAGCUGGAUUGGAAGGCUCCGCUGGAAGUUCAUGUUGUGGCAGACCGUGCUGACGCCAUAAAGCUCGCCACAUUGCUGAACCGAAAUCAGCCGAAUCUGCAGCUGGCACAGGCAAGCCUUGUGUUUGGAAGCAGCUACGAUGAUGGUUGUGAUGCGGCGGACCAGGAGGGAGCAAUCCGAACAUGGCUUUGCAAUGACCGCAAGAUCAUAGCAGAUUCGUUGCAUCUAGCGGAAGGCUUGAACUCCUCAUCAUUAGAAGACGACCAGAUGCCUUGGGGAAUACGUCGCGACGGUCCAUUGUAUCCAGGAAGGUCUUUGCACUGGUCCUAUGCAGUGGGGGUGUCCGUCGAAGACCAGGUAGUGGAACGGCUUUAG